CAGCGAUCAUAACGAGCAAUCGUGGAAUGAACUAUUUGCACACUACUACCUAAUCUACAAGAUGACAUUUCGUCGGUUUUUUACGUUUUUUACAUAAUACCCCUGCCGGUCAGAAUUUAUGAUCAGAAGAACUACAAAAUCAGUUGUCCAUGGUUUCAAUUUUACAAAACAUAUUCAAGUCAUCUGCAUAUAGAAGACAGCUACCGUGUAGCUCCCUAACGACGUCAUCAAUCAAAAUUUGGAAAAGCAAAGGGCCAAGAGCAGAGCCUUGAGGUACGCCGGAAGAAGGU